AUGACGGAUGUUUUGAUGGGAAUAUAUGUUCCUUCUAAUGUGCCCAUGGAAUCGACCCCAUUUAAAGGGAUGGAGUUUGAAGCAAAUGAGAUUGCAUAUGCUUUUUAUAAUGAAUAUGGCAUAAAGGCUGAGCGUGCAGAGGUAUAUGUAAAACUCCAUCUUCGUAAAGUUGGUACUCCUGUUAACACUGAAGCAGAAAGCAACAUUGAAAAAAUCAACGAACUGUUGAGUGAGUCCUCAAAUCGUGUGCAGUCAUCCGACCUUACUGGAAGUAUUGCAUGGGCACCAGAUGAUGUAUAUGCUCAAGUGUUUGGUAAUGAGCACAAUAGUCGUGUUCGAGGUGUGGGAUUUGGCCCAACCCCAAGUAUGCAUCCUGCCAAGAGCACUCCUGCAAUUGCUCAUGUAAGAAGCCAAGAAAGGGAUGCUAAAGUGACUCAAUUGGAGAAUCAAGUUACUUCUUUGACGGAGAAAGUGAAUCGUUAUGAAAACUUGGAGGAGCGAAUGACUCAAUUGAUGCAACUAGUGCAAAAUCAGCAAAAUCAUUCUUCAGAAGCUAGUCAGGUGAAUGUCAGUGAGUUGGGUCUAGUUACACCUGCUGGGAAAGUUGUAUGGGGAAAAUAUGCUCAGGUGCCGAAUAACCCUGAGAAUGAUGGUUGUUUAAAUGCUGUUCUGCUUGUCUAA